CCCUAUGCUAUAACAGCUACCGGCGGCGACAAUUGUAAUCCAACAAUCUGUGACAACUAGGGAGAACGGCGACAACCCAGGUGACGGCGGCGACGACGGCUCCUUCCUCGGAUACAGGCAAGCCCUAAUCUGCUCGUGGUCCAGCCCAUCUCCGGCCUAAAGCUCUGGCGUCUUCGCGCCUAACUCUCACUCCGACCGUUCGAUCGCUGCCCUCCACCCAUCUCCGGCGUAAAGCUCUUCUCGCUACCGUGUUCCUGCUUCUCUAUCUUCUUCACAGUGAUAGCCACAAAGACUUUGGUAACUAAUAAUAGAAGAACUACAUGUCCCCUGCCUGCUUGGAAGUACUUUUUCAUAUGCAGAAAAAGGCCUCGUGAGCAAUAAGAUUACAGAAAAAUUCAAUUUUAUUGUGACCCUUCAACUCAGUGGCAUUUCUCCUAUAUAUGGUGAGAUGAAAUUUUAUGGUGUCAUUCAAGAAAUAUGGGAGCUUGAUUAUCGUGAAUUUAGGAUGCCGAUGUUCAAGUGUGAUUGGGUAGACAACAAAAAUGGUGUGGAGAAAGAAAAGUUAGGUUUCAUUAAAGUUGAUUUGAAUAAAAUAGGACAUAAAAAAGACUCAUUUAUAAUGGCAAGUCAAGCUAAAUAAGUGUUUUAUGUUGAGGAUCCUACUUCAUCAAGAUGGUCAAUAGUGCUUGCUUCACAACCAAGAGACAUAGUGCAUGAUGACGAUCAACAACAUGACUUUGGUGAAUUACAAACUUCAGAAAAAGAGUGUGGUUUUAUCCCUGAGUUUGAGGGAGUUGAAGCAACUGUUGGGCCAUAUGUACGAAAAGAUGGUGAUGGAAUUUGGAUAGAUCAUGGACCCAUUUGAUGAGCAAGCUGAUAUUGAUUCCAUCGAUGAGCAGACUGAUGGUGGUUUCAUGGAUGUUGACCACGAGGAGGAGGAUAAUAAUAAAGAGAACGCGGAAGAUAAAAAGAAAACACAUAAGCGGACACGAGGCAUAGUGCGAUUGACGAAGAUCAUAGCAGAUAAAAUUAAAGGAAUGAAACGCCAUUUGAGGUUCAAUAGCAGGGGGCAAUCGAUCGGGACCCCAAACAGAGAGCUUCAAUGUUAUUUAGGAAUGCAAGCCAAAAGUAUGGUGCCAAUUAACAUUGACAAUUGGCGCGAAGUUCCUAAAUCUAUAUUGGACAGCUUAUGGAAGGGUGUCAAUCUUUCCACCUAGAUGAGAAUAUGCGAAAAAAUAUUAUUGGCUCAGUGGGUAAUAAUAAGUGGAGACAAUUCAAAUGUAAUUUGAAAAAGAAGUUUAUAGUCCCUUACCUUAAUGACCCAUCUCUUUUGGAGGCAAACCCUCGUGGUCUCGAUAAACCUCCACCAAGCUAUCAUAUAGAAGAAACACAUUGGAAAGAAUUUGUCAAGAGAAGGACAUCCAAAGAGUUUCAAGAUUUUAGAAAAUUACAACAAGAAAGGCAUAAUCAUUUACAAUACCCUCAUAGGACUUCACGCCAUAGCUAUACUGAAUUGGAAGCUGAUUUACAAGCUAAGUGGGGCACAACAGCGCAAAUAGAUCGAUCUCUACUCUGGAAGGAGGCCAGAAAAGAUUCUUCUGGCAACUAUGUCACCGAGCGUGACAAGGUCAAGGGAGAGGCCAUCAAAGACAUGCUUUAGCAAAAAAAAGAGGGCAAACUGAUUGAAAUCGAAACAAAUGACAUCCUAACACAAGUGUUAGGUACUGCUGAGCACCCCGGUCGAGUUCGAGGCCAGAGUCGAGGUGUCACACAAAGAGACUACUUUCAUAAGCAUGUUGGGGGGGGGGGGGUCUAAGAGGCUUGUAGAAAAAACAAAUUGAGUUCGAACGAAAAUCCAACAUACGACAUAGGGAAGAGAUUGAAAAGUUGAAAGAAUCGUUCAUGUCCAAGCUUGAAGAAUUAUCAACCAAGAUGGCACAUAUGCAAGCUAACUUUGGUAGUCAUUCUAGCUUUGGUAGCCAUUCUAGAGUCAAUACAAUAGAAGUUGACGCACCAAUUGACACUGUUCCAGAAGUUGAGGCACCGAUGGACACUACUCCAGAUGUUGAGGCACCAAUUGACACUACUCCAAAAGUUGAGGUACUGAUGGACACUACUCCAGGAGUUGAGGCACCUGUUGACACUAGUACUUUGUAUGAGACACCUACACCUUCACCUUCUAUUCAUCCUGAGCCACUAAAGAAAGAUGUUAAGUGAAAAUUAUACAUUGGGCAAGGUGGUGAUGUUGUGGCUCUUGGACGGGUGGUGGCUACCAAAGGCAAUGUACAUGGGAAAAGUUUAGCACCUGAUAACUAUCGCGUGGUUGUUGAUAGAUGUCUAGAUGGGAGUGCAAAACUACCUGUCUCAGUUGGGGAUGAGAUGACUCUUGUGGUUCAUGCGGUCAACAGUUAUGUUGCUUGGUCAUCGCAUCUGAUCAUUACUUAUGAUCAUGAACAGGAACCCAAGAGACUAAAGAGAAAGAGGAUUUCAGCAGCUUGUCCACCAACACAAGACCUAAAACAUCCUCCACAACAUCUUCCCACUACUCAAGAAGAGGCAGGAUCAAGUAUGGCUAGUAAGUCGCCGAUUAUCUUCAAGGUUCCCACUGGACUUCCCAUGUUUAUGAAGAUACUUCUAGGUUCAGUUAAGUACGUAGAACCAGGAUUCAUGAUUGACAUUCUUAUGGAGACCAAUAUUAUGGGUGAACAAUAUACCUUAUAUAUCUCACAUGAGGAUAUAGUACAAUUUGGACUUAUGGAAGAAAUCGGCGCGUCUUGCAUUUCAUUCUAUAUCAGUAUAAUACAUUCCGAGUUGUGCGAUAGAGAGAUAUCACACUUUUUUGGUUUCAUUAAGCCACUGUGGUCAUUGAGAAUUGGGACAAAUAUGGAUAAUUGGGCUGAAAUUAUCUCAGAGCGUAUCAAUAACACAGUAAUGGGUCAAACUUGGUUAAUGCCAUACCAUUUCUUACGUCACUGGAUGUUAGUGAUCAUUGAUCCAGAUGACCAUACAUGUUACUAUCUUGAUCCACUUAGAAAAUCUCCUCCAAAUGAUUUGAAGAACCUUAUGAACAAUGUCUCUUCACACAUUAAGCGAAAGACAGGGAGGAAUGAAAAAAAUUACAAGUGGAAAAUAGUCAAUUUCCCUUGUCAAACAUCGUCAGUAGAAUGCGGCUUUUAUAUCAUAAGGAUGAUGAAGGACUAUUGCUUGAAUGAGACACCAAUGCGAUGGCUAACUAGUAAUUGUGGUGGAAAGAAUACAUAUACACUUGGCGAAAUUAAUGAAACUCGAAAUGAAUGGGCAGCCAAGCUUCUUGAGCGGAUGAGUCAUAGCUAGAGUAACUUUUGAAAUCAGAAUUAAAAAAUAUACUAAUUGUAGUAUUUAGCUAGUACUUACAUAGUUAUUCCAAGUGUAUAUUUUGAUAUUGUAAUUUUUAGAUUUGGAACAUACUGAGUUCUAUUGAUUUUGUCUGUCUAUUGAUUAUGUCUGAACUAUGUUGUAAUUACACAGGAAAUUAUGAAUGAAUAUAGUGGUUGAAAAUAGAGAAAUGAAAAAAUUCUCAUAUUCUACAUGGGA